AAACAUGGAAGGAAACUGCUCGGGGAAAACACUGAAGGGGAACUCAUGAGAGGCCGGCUCCUGAAGGAUGAAAUGAGCGGGUUUUGCCGGACGCCGAGCCGCUGUCCCGGCUGGUAGAAAACAGCUGGAUUGUGUCGGAGUGAGAAAGAACAUCUCGUCCCAAAAACUGAGGCAGUUGUUGGGGGUCCACAAAGGGAAGCAAAAUGAGGUUCGCCCAGUUUUUGUUGAAGAACGGCUCUCUAGCUGGGAUACCUAAACAAGUGGAGAGGUUCUCCAAGUUUUCUCCCUCUCCUUUAUCCAUGAAGCAGUUCAUUGACUUUGGUUCUGCCAAUGCAUGUGAGAAGACCUCAUUUGUGUUCCUGCGACAGGAGCUUCCUGUCAGACUGGCCAACAUUAUGAAAGAAAUUGAUUACCUCCCAGACAAACUCCUCAGCACUCCAUCUGUAAAGCUCCUGACCAGCUGGUAUUCACAGAGUUUAAUGGAGCUUAUAGAGUUUUUAGAAGAAGAUCCAGAUGAUAAGGAUGUCCUGAAAGGCUUCACAAAGACUCUGGUGAACAUCCGGAACAGGCACAACAACGUGGUACCGACCAUGGCCCAGGGCGUGCUGGAGUACAAGGAGGCCUUCGGCGUMGACCCCGUCACCAACCAGAACGUCCAGUACUUCCUGGACCGCUUCUACAUGAGCCGCAUCUCCACGCGCAUGCUCAUGAACCAGCACACGUUAAUCUUUGAUGGCAGCGUGAACCCAGCCCAUCCCAAACACAUCGGCAGCAUUGACCCCAGCUGUGAUGUCGUGGAGGUAGUAAAAGACGCCUACGAGACCUCAAAGAUGCUGUGUGAGCAGUAUUACCUCACCUCUCCUGAUAUGGAGAUCAUGGAAGUCAACUCUAAGACCCCCGAGCAGCCCAUCCACAUCGUGUAUGUGCCGUCCCAUCUCUACCAUAUGUUGUUUGAGCUCUUCAAGAACGCCAUGAGAGCCACCGUGGAGACCCACGAGACGAGCCCGGGGUUGCCUCCAAUCAAAGUGCGCGUCGCACUGGGCCACGAGGACCUCACCAUCAAGAUGUCGGACCGAGGAGGCGGCGUCCCCCUGAGGAAGAUCGAGCGCCUCUUUAGCUACAUGUACUCCACAGCUCCCAGUCCCGURCACGUCGACAACUCUCGCAACGCUCCUCUGGCUGGUUUCGGCUAUGGUCUGCCCAUUUCUCGCCUCUAUGCCAAGUAUUUCCAGGGAGACCUGCAGCUCUACUCUAUGGAGGGCUACGGCACCGCAGCUGUCAUUUAUUUAAAGGCCUUAUCCUCAGAGUCUGUGGAGAGACUUCCUGUUUUCAACAAGUCAGCCCUGCGGCAUUACCAGUCCAGCUCAGAGGCCGACGACUGGUGCAUGCCCAGUAAGGAGCCAAAGAACCUUGGCAAGUUUGAGAGGACCCACUGAUGGUGGACCUGCUUGAGGAAGAGGACGCUGUCAAAGUGAACAAAAGUGGAGAAGAUCUAAGGGGGAGAGAGAGGAGCUUGUGUUUUUAAACCCUGACCAGAUAAAUGAGAGACUAAUCUGAACCAGAUGUCAGACCGGCCUGAAGACAGUUCAACUAAACAAAACCUCGUUCGCAAGGUUUGAACAUUUUGGUUGGAAUAUUUUAUUUUCUCGGUGAAUUAGGUUCUUUGAUAUUCAUUUUGUCACAUCAUCAGCAACCGAGUGGACUGAGCAGCAACUUUCACCAGGUUUCACUCUUACUUCCUCCACUUGUUUUAAACCCUCCAGAUAAUUUGCUGCUACAUUCACACAUAUGGCCUUCCAGACAAAAACCCCUCUGCAUCAGGUUUGAUGUGGUUUGCUGCAGACAUUUGCAUUCUCUCGAGCUGCUUUCAGAGAAAAAAAUCAUUAAAACAUCUCAGGACCGCAGUCUGCGUUUGAAAAUGGCUCAUUUCCUAGACUAACAACUGAUGAUUUUUAGUUAAAGAUACUGAGUAAAGUUGUGUUUUAGCUUAAGAUUAGCUGUACUGAUGCCAGGAGAAGCCCAGCCAAGACCACCCUGAGGGAGAUUACUCCAGUUAAAUGAUGAGCUCGAGUUCAACAACACAAAGGGAGCAAAGUCUGUUUAUUGCUUCAUUCACACAACUUCUGCAAACUAACAUAAAAUCAUUUCUUCUGCUUCGUAACAAAUAGCAAUAAAAUGUUCCAUUUUUAGUCUUUCUGAAGGAGAACAAAAUAUAAUCUGUUAUAAGACUGUAAAAAUCACAAUGAAAUGACUUUAAAGCUGAAAUUAUCUGCUGUCAGUGUUUGGUGUAAAUCCUAAUAAUUAACAGUGAAAACUGCCAGGUUCAUUUACAUUUAAUGUGACCUAAACACUUUUAUUAGGGUUUCUAAAACUAAUAGCCGAUAACAACAUAACGGAUCUUUAUCAAAGUAGUUUAACUUGUGGAAAUGAAGAAAAUACAUUUUUUCUACCUGCAUUUAAAUGCAAAAACGUAUCAGCUUUAAUUUUUAUUUUUAUUUUUUUUCUAAUGCAAAGUUGUAAAGAGGUUGGGAAGCACUUGAAAUGCCAGCUUUAGUCGACACCAGAAGGACCGUUAAUGAUCAAAGAUGCUUUUUCUUGUUUUAGCUACGACCUCACUCUGUCCAUGUGACAAAACAGACUCUAAAUAUAAGACUGAAAAACAAAAAAAGAGAUGUUAGAUAUCGAACUCAAAACAACCUUAAAAGCCUUCGUUUCUCUUUAAAUGAUUGAAUGUAUUCUGGUUUGUGUUGAUCUCUGGACCCAGAGUUUUUAUAUAUUUAGAUAAGUUAUUUGAGAAGUUUUAAAGUCCUUUUAUGAAACUGUUAUAUAAGACAUUGUCAGCCGCCAUCCUGUUAUCUUUAUUUGCACACACUGAUGUCUGUGGUGGACACAUAGGAGCAGCUCAGAAAAAAACAAACAGAAAACUCUAAAUGGAUCUGAGUCCCAGUUUGAAGCUUUCACGAUUGCCUUCUUUAAGUUUUUUUUUUGCUUUAUAUUUUCCCGUCCUUGUUCACUUUUUAACCCUACGAUCUUCACUUGAAGUGUUAUGUUGCUGAGUGUGUGGUUCGCCACAGAAAAGGACCAGAAACUGUUCCCGCUCAGAAUCCUUCCAGCUUUUAUUAUAACAGUUAAAUCAUCGUCUGACAUGACACGAAAUGUUUGAACUCAUAAGCAUGCAUGACAAAUAGGUUUUCUUUAAAAACAAUAAAAACAAACAAGUGUU